UUCGUAGAGAUCAUAACGUUAUUAAGAUUUUUAUUUAAUAUAUUCGAUUUCGUUUUUCAAUAAACUUCAUUGAAAUACAUUAUAGGGAAUGUUGAAGUUUGAAAUAGUGUCUUCUCGGACGGUGGAGGGCGUCGACAAGGAGAAAAAAUAUGUAGCGUAUAUGUUACAAGUUAGACAGGAUGCUACCGAGUCACGAGUUUUCGAUCCAGACCCAGCGAAUGUAGAGAGAAGAUACACCCACUUUCUCGAUUUGUACAAUGGCUUGAAGAAAGAAUAUCCAGCAUUAUUAAAUACCAUUUCAUUUCCGCGGAAGAUAGUUGUUGGCAACUUUGAUCCAAAUUUAAUAUCAACUAGAUGUGCUGCAUUUGAGUCAUUACUAAAUUUAAUAGCAAAUGAGUCACGCCUGAGGGAUGCCCCCGCAGCUAUUGCAUUCUUUCAGGAUAUAGAAUUAAAAGAAGCAAGAAAAUUAAUUGAUGAUGGGAAAUUUGACCAAGCUUUAUCUUUAUUAGAAACAAGCUUUAAAUUAUUAAAUAAGGUGUACACAGAUAGAUCUCGAGUAGUCUUAAGUGUUCUAUGCAGAAUAGUGGCAUGUGCAGGAUCCAGUGGUGGAGCCUUGGCGGGUCCUGUGGAAAAAUGGGCUCAAUUAGCACUCAGACGAUAUGAAGCAGUCAGUGACUCUGACUUACUGCUCAUUUAUAUACCACUUUUGCACACAUGCAUUUCUAUAUGGGAAACCCUGGGUCGUGAUAAGGCAAGGCUGGUUGAAGAGUUGAACUCACUACGUAAAAAGGGAAUGAAAGUUGAUUCUGUGCCGAGCCUGAUGGAAGCUGUAGACAGUUUGGAUGCAACCAUUUAAUAUUAUCUUAAGAGAUACAGUGCUUUAACAAAUUAGAAAUAGUUUUUAGAAGACCACAUUGAAUAUGAUAAUAUUUCAUAUUAUUUUAGCAUGUUAUUUUUUAGUCAAGUAUAUUUAUUCAGACUAGUAUUUUGUUAAUUUAAAUCAUGUUAGCUAUCUAGUUUAAGUAUAAAAAUCGACUAAUAUUAUUAUAGUGUUAGUAGACCUUCAGUUUAUUUGUACCUGCAUUUUUUUUUAAUAUUUUAUUUUGACUUAUUUAUUAUUAGAUAUUUAAUUACGACAUUUUUACCGAAAACGAUUUAGACCAUGAUAGAUCUGCAAUCAGCAAUUUUAUUUCUUACUUAUUCUUACCUAAGAUAAUAUUAUAAUGUAAGCAUUUUAAUGAUUUAAUUAUUAGUCAAUGUUAUACUUUAAUUAAUAAUGUUCAAUAGUUUUUAAUUACAUACUAUGUGUUAUAAUUUUUUUGUGAUAAAAUUAAACACACAAUAUUGCAUGUCGCUUGUCUGUACAUUUUGUACUUUGGUAUAGCUAGAAAUAGUGCUAUUGAUCUUGCGGAUAGAUAGAUAUCUAAUGGAAUAGGAAUUUUAUUUUAUUGUUUUUGUGUAAAAUUAAUAAUAUGAAAAGUUUAUUCUAGGUUAUUCAAAGUUAACCUAUUUCAGAGUAAAUUUGAAUGAAACUUGUACUUUCUUGAUAUUAAGUCAUCGUAAUUUUACGAUUAUUAUUUUAUUUCACUAUAAACAGAUUUUGAAACUGAACCCAGGAAUUGAGAAUGUUUACUGAUAGGCUGUUCACUUUUGCGAAUCCAAACCAAAUGAUAAACGAAUAAUACUCUGUCUAUAAUAUUAUUAUUAUUAUAGUUUGGAUUUGCAAAAGUUAGUACAGAUACCUAUAUUUUGAGUUAUAGAGUAUCCAAUAUUUUAUAUAUGAAUAAUAGUAAACAUUUAACAAUUAAUGUUGAAUAAUUACUAUGCUUACUUAUGGUCAAUAAUCCAUUCAGUAUUAUUUUUAUGAUAGCAUUCUUUCAAUAACCUGUCCUAACAUUGAUUUUUCCAAAUAUAUAUUUUUUAAGAAUUUAAAAUGGUAAUUCUUUAAUAAAAAAAUUAUCAUUUAAAAUUUUUAAAUCAUAUACUGAUGUCGCAUUGUGUCUCGAUAUGCAAUAUUGUUCUAAAUAGAUAUGAUUUUAAGUAGACAGCUUGGAACUCGUUAAAAAUGGUUACUUGUUCACUUGUCAUUAUUAUUUGAAUUAUAUAGUUUAUAUAUAUGAAUAACAGAUGGCGUUACUGUCUCAACCCAAGCAUUGAAUUAAAUUUUAUAGUAGAUUUUUUUAUGGAUUGGCUGCUAUUUCAUGCCUUGCUCAUUUCUUUACAUGAUUUUAAAAUUUACGACUUUUUAUAAGGCUAUUAAUAUGUUACGCAUUAUGUAUUAAGCAGCUAGAUCAAAUAAAUCGCCUAAAAAUAAAAUGUGCCUAACUUAGUAUUAAAUUGGAUCGGAGCAUAAUUAUUAAAUUGUGAUAUUUGCUGGUCUCUUAUUGUAUAUAACAUUUUACAAAACUUGAUAUUCGUUCGUAGAAGGAUGUUUAGUGAACUGUGAUUUUAUUUACAUUGAAAAUUUUAAUAUAGUGCUUGCAAUAAACAGUAAUGUUGGUUCUAAACAACUCAAUUAUACGUUAAGUCCUCGUCUUAUUAACAAAUCGAAAAAAAAAAACAAUAGUAUACACAAUUAACGGCUAUUAAAAAGUAUUUUUUGUUUGAUCUUAUCGUAAAACGUUUUUUUUUCGAAUACGUCAAUUGAUCAUGUAAUAGUGAGAAUAUUUUUAUUGUAAUGUUGUAACCAUAAACAAUAUAAUAUUUUGAUUCCUUCUACAGCUGUCAAAUUCAACAUGAACGAAAAUGCGAAAGAUAAAGCGAUCGUGCUGCCAGUUUUUGUCUACGAACGUACAGAUUAAUUAAAAAUGUAUUUUUGAAUCAAAAAAUAAAUAAAUAAACAGCAAUAGUACGUAAUUAACCCCAUUGUUGGUCAAAGGAAAUCUUUCCUGCUAAAAAGUAUUUAGAUGCAAUUCGACCACACUGCUACGGUGCGGAUUGGUUCGUUCGUGGACAAAGUGAAUGAAGUGAAGAGGUCUGUCUAAUUUCUGGUCAGUCUGAUCUUUAUGUUCGUAGUUUUAAUAAAACUUCGUCAUGUUCGGUGAUAUUGGAAAAACAAUAAAUAUAGAGUUAGUUAUAAAAAUGCAUUCAAUAUAAGAUUAUCUAGUCUAGUGAUAAUUAUGUAUUUCAACUUAGUGAUUUGCUUGAUAAGUAUUUAAUUCGUAAAACUGAUUUAUAUUACAUAGCUUUGUUUAAAAUAUCUCAAGAUAGCCGAAAUAGUUGCUUGCGGGUUAAAAAAACCUACCGAAAUCCACAACAGGGGUGAUUUAAUUUGGCAAUUGGAUAUUUUUCAUAUUAUUCAUAGGUUUUGAAUAGACUCAAAACAAAACACCAAAUUUUAAUGUAUACAUAUUUGUUAUACAGAAUCGUUUAUUUAAAAAUGAAUGUUUCUUCGACAUUUGCGUGAUUUCAUUUGAGUGAUGUGUGUAUUUUAAUGGAUUCUUGUUUACAAAGAAAGAAGGAGGCAUUGCAAUGUAUGAUAAUUGCCAAGAAAGCUAGUUUUAAAUUAAUAUCAACUAAAAUGAGCCUUUACUUGCUUUAAAACCAUAGUGUAAGAUAGAUCGCUAAAUACAAUAGUUUAAAGUAUUGGUAUUACUUUUUGUCUAUGCCUUUCAACAAAUUAACUUAAUAUUCUGUCACUAAUGUAGGCUUUCGCUUUUUUAUUUUCUAUUGUACGAUGAAAGUAAAUAUUAAAUGUUAAGUAUAUUAUUUACAUCUUCAAAUAAUGUAUUACGUUUUUAACUCUUAUAUUUAUACCCGAUAGUUUUAUCAUUAUAAUCU